UGAACUGUACUCGCAGAAAACCAGAAGACUAAUCACUGUAUCUGAUCUCAGACCGAGAUAAAACAAAACAUAGAGAGAUAUGUCUGUUUCUCUGAGUAACACUUGUCUUCCACUACGCACAGAUUCAGUUCCACUGAAACCUCUAGUUCUCAAUGGAGUUGUCCAUUUUCAUUUACAAAGAUCAUCUCAUGUUUCCUCAUACCGUUUCGGUUUCAACUCAAACCCAUUCUCUAGAACUCAUACCCCAAGAUUCUUCAAGUGUUUAUCUCCGAGACUGUCUGAUAAACGCAGAGAAACACAAGUAACUACUGAAGAAGAGGAAGAAGAGGUUGUCGAGUUUCAGAGGCUAUUCUCUAACCUUAACCGGUCAACACUGAAGCGAGAGUCCGGAAGCUUGUCCAGUGCUAUUUUCUUGGUAGCUGGCACUACAGUAGGUGCAGGGAUACUAGCUAUUCCAGCUGUCACACAAGAAUCAGGUUUCUUGGCCUCUGCAGUCGCUUGCAUUCUCUGUUGGGCGUUCAUGGUUGUCACAGGUUUGCUUGUUGCUGAAGUGAAUGUCAACACCAUGUCUGAGCUAGGCUCUGGAGGCGUAUCUCUCGUCUCAAUGGCGAAGAGGACUCUUGGAUCUUUUGGAGUUCAAGUUGCAUCUUGGUCUUACAUUCUCAUACAUUACACCCUCCUCGUGGCCUACAUUGCUCGGUCUUCAGGCAUCCUUACAAACUUCCUCGGCAUUCCAAUAUGGGAGAGUGCAACUCUGUUCACACUGGUUCUUGGAGGCAUUUGCUUCUUUGGAAGCCAGAGAUUCAUCGGUGCAACCAAUGGAGUUCUGGUGUUUGGACUAAUUGCAUCUUUUGCAGCACUAGUGGCAGUAGCGAGUGGAGACUUGCACUGGGAAGCUCUUCUCAAGGCCAACUUUGAAGCUGUUCCCAUGAGUAUACCCAUCAUUGCCCUCUCGUUUGUUUACCAGAAUGUGGUGCCGGUUCUCUGCACAGAUCUUGAAGGUGACUUGCCGAAAGUAAGAACGGCUAUUGUUCUUGGCACAGCCAUACCACUUGGCUUGUUUCUUGUGUGGAACGCUGUGAUUCUUGGAUCGUUUCCAGAUACUGGUGUGGCAGCUGAGAAGAUGAUCGAUCCUCUGCAGCAGUUGAGAUCAACCAGUGUCACCGUUGGUCCUUUUGUGGAAGCUUUCUCUCUUAUUGCAAUAGCAACAUCUUACAUAGGAUUUGUCUUAGGCCUCAUUGACUUCUUAUCUGAUUUACUGAAGCUUCAGACCAGACAGAACAAGCCUUUUCUUUACCUUCUUACACUGGUUCCACCUCUUGUCCUCUCCCUACUGGACCCAGAGAUUUUCUUCAAAGCUUUAGAUUUUGCUGGGACAUAUGGAGUUCUGGUACUGUUCGGUAUCCUACCAGCUGCUAUGUCUUGGUCAGAUAGGUACGUGGUCUCAUCAUCAACAGCGACGCAACUUGUACCAGGUGGAAAAGUCAUGCUUUCUGUUGUCAUGGGAGCUGCAGGAUACGUGAUUGUUUCAGAAAUUGUAGAGAAUUUUUCACAGUACUUGAAUGUUUCAUAAGAUAAUGCAAAGAGAUAAUAAGUAUUGAUAGUUUAUGUUUCUUGUAACAUGAAAGAGGUCUUGCAACUA